AAAAAAAGGCUUGCCCAAGGCGGCAUUCGCUUGGCGUAGCUGCCACCCCCAAUGGCACUGUCGCUUCUCAAGGCAAGAUUGCUCAAGCAUGAGGAUAAAAGAAUUGGAGACGCAACUUCAAUGGAUAACACAGAGGCGGGACCACUGGGCUUGACAAUUUUUUUAAAAAAAGUUAGCACGAUCUUCCCAUUUCACAACACACCUCCUACGUAACAACCCAUUAAUUUUUUUUUCUCUUCUUGCAAGUCUCUUGAGCAUUCUGUAAUAAGUAUAAUUUUAUAGCAAACUGUUGACUUCAUCCCAUGAUGUUGCUGGGAUGCCUCUAUAUUCCAGAAUAUGCCCAUAAGUUGCUUGGAAAAAUGUCAACGUUAAGGGCACUCAAAACUGGAAUUUAAUUCUUGCACUCAAUAGGAACAUGUUCCUUGUUGAAUAUAUUUUAUUAUAUAUAUAACUAACUCAGUUCUGCUGGGCUCAUUUCAUUUAUCAAUUAUCCUUUUUUCCCGUAUUGUUUGAUGCUGAAGAAAGAAAAACCAAAGUGAUAAGCAAAGAACUGAGGAUGGCUGGGCAUGUAGGUCGUCUUUUGAGAUGGUCUUCGUUUGCGUUUGUGAUGUUGGCGGGUAUGGCUGCCAUUUUAGUGCCUGGAGCUCUUGGGUGGAGCAAGGAGGGUCACAUAAUGACAUGUCGGAUUGCACAGAACCUUUUAGGACCUGAGGCAGCACACGCCGUGGAACAUUUGUUACCUCACAAUUUGAACGGAGACUUAUCGGCUCUCUGCACAUGGCCUGACCAAGUCCGGCACUGGUACAAAUACAGGUGGACGAGCUCUCUUCACUUCAUUGACACCCCAGAUGAAGCCUGCAAUUUUGAUUAUUCAAGGGACUGCGUGAAGGAUUUGUGUGUUGCUGGUGCCAUUCAAAACUUUACAUCUCAGCUUUUGCACUACAGGGAGGGAACCACAGAUCGCAGAUAUAAUUUGACUGAAGCCUUGCUGUUCUUGUCUCACUUCAUGGGAGAUAUUCAUCAGCCACUACAUGUUGGAUUCACCAGUGAUGAAGGAGGGAACACCAUUGAAUUGCGCUGGUUCAGACAUAAAUCUAAUCUUCAUCAUGUAUGGGACAGAGAGAUUAUUCUUACUGCUCUAAAAGAUUUCUACGAAAACGACAUGGACCUCCUUCAAGAAUCUAUAGAGGGAAACUUAACUGAUGGAAUAUGGCUUGAUGAUGUCUCAUCUUGGAAAGAUUGUAAUGAUCUCCUUUCAUGUCCAAACAAGUAUGCUGUAGAGAGCAUAAACUUGGCUUGCAAAUGGGGUUACAAAGGAGUGAAGGAGGGUGCAACUCUAGCAGAUGAUUACUUCAAUUCAAGGAUGCCAAUUGUCAUGAAACGCAUAGCUCAAGGAGGAAUUCGUUUAGCCAUGUUUUUGAAUCAGAUAUUUGGGGAUUCUGAAGAAGGUAUUGCAUCAGCAACCUAAACAACUAGCCUCCCAACACAAGUACAAGAAAACAGAUCAUAUGGACAUUCUUUUCUUUAACCAAUCCUUUUAUCUGCCUCGGAUUCUCAUCAAUUUCAUUUCUUCAUGUUUAUUAGGAACCUCACUUGCCUUUUUAUGUUCUUGGUUUAUAUUUAGAAAGUUGAGAUAUGGGUACAAUCUACUUUUUAUGACAAGUAACAACAUUAAUUCUAACUGGAGAAUUAUUGUAUCUUGUAAGAAUUUAGGCAAGCAGCAAUAAUAUUGUCUGAACACAGGCAUUAGCUCUUUUGGA